UAUUUUUCAAGGGCUAACCUUUUUCUCUUGCUUUAUGCAUACUCCAACCUGGAUUCUCAGGGGCCAUGCAGUAAUUUGUAUCCUCGAGCAAUUCAUUUCCUAGGCAGUGUCCUCGCAGAAGCUUCGUUUCUGUUCAUUUGAUUGCACAACAUAACAUCAUUUCAAUCAGAAAACUAAUAAUACGAUUCGAUUGAAGAAAAAGGAAAAGAAAAAGAAAUAUCAUCAUGCCUUUUGGUCUGGUUACAGCAUGGAACAAGCGCAGGAGAAGCAUGUCCGAGGGACAGAUCAAUCCUUGGGUAUAUAAACUUGCAGAAGAUUGGCAAAUUGAAGAUCUGAAUCCUCCUGCAAAAAGGCACCAUAGAUCAUCAGUUUUUACAUUCAAGGAAAUGGAGGAGGCAACAAAUUCUUUCAGUGAUGAAAAUCUGCUCGGUAAAGGAGGAUUUGGUCGAGUUUACAAGGGAACACUCCGAUCUGGAGAAAUUGUAGCAAUCAAGAAGAUGGAUCUACGCCCGUUCAAAGAAGUGGAAGGGGAGAGGGAGUUUCGCGUGGAAGUAGAUAUCUUAAGUAGACUCGACCACCCCAAUCUGGUUUCUUUAGUAGGCUAUUGUGCAGAUGGGAAACACAGAUUUCUUGUGUACGAAUACAUGCAAAAGGGAAACCUUCAAGACCACUUAAACGGAAUAGGAGAAGGGAAGAAGAAGAUGGACUGGCCUUCGAGACUAAAAGUGGCUCUCGGGGCAGCAAGAGGACUCGCAUAUCUCCAUUCGAAUUCUGCUGUUGGGAUGCCGAUUGUUCACAGGGACUUUAAAUCUACCAACAUACUUCUAAACACCAACUACGAAGCUAAGAUAUCCGAUUUUGGGCUUGCUAAGAUGAUGCCAGAAGGGCAGGAAAUUUGUGUUACAGCAAGAGUUUUUGGCACUUUUGGCUACUUUGAUCCCGAGUAUACAUUGACAGGAAAACUCACUUUACAAAGUGAUGUUUAUGCUUUUGGUGUUGUUCUACUCGAGCUAUUGACGGGGCGUAGGGCAGUAGACCUCAAUCUUGGUCCAAAUGAUCAGAAUUUGGUACUACAGGUAAGGCAUAUUUUGAAUGACAAGAAGAAACUGCUUAAAGUGAUUGAUCCAGAGAUGAGCAAGAGUUCCUACACAAUGGAGUCUGUCACCAUGUUUGCAAACCUAGCAUCACGUUGUGUCCGAACAGAUAGUAGUGAAAGGCCCUCGAUGGUAGAAUGUGUAGAAGAACUCCAACAGAUUCUAUAUACAAAUACAAGAGGAAUCGGAUGGGCUAUGCAUGCGUUCAGAAUGAUUUGAAAACCAUCAGAAUUGAUUCUCGAACAUCAAGAUUUAUUUGUUCAUGAUCCGAGAUCCCAAGUCAGAAAGUUUAUGACUUCAGUGAGGACGCCAGAAUAAGUAACUUGGCAAUAGAAUAAACUACUAUGCAUCAACUAGAAUACCAUGACUUUUCAUGAUAAUGUAAAAAUACUUAGGAUAUAUGUGUAAAGAAAAAGUAUUUUAAGGUCACAAAUGGAUUACUUAUAUUCUCAAGUAGUGUUGCUUUUCUAUCCCAAUGCAAUUGUAGAUAGAAAACAUCCUUGUAGAUACUAUGUAAACAAGUGUGGUCAUUUAAUCCUUGUGUGGGCACCAGAAAAAUGU